AUGCCGCCGUUGCCGCCACCAGCCAAGUGCCUGGGUGGCGGCCAGCGCUGCGCCGCCGGUCGCACCGUCUCCGACUCUCACGCCGAAGCUGUGGCGCGCCGCGCCUUCCAGCGCUUCCUGUUGGCCGAGCUGCGUCGCCUGUACGCCGGCGAGGAGUGUUGCCUGCGCCGCGUCGUCGCCGGCGGCGGCGCCGAGCUACGGGCCGGUGUGCGCGUACACUUCUUCGCCAGCCACACGCCUUGCGGCGACUGCUCCAUCUUCCCUCGUGCGCCGGACGCCGAUGCCGGACCGCCAGCGAAGCGGGCCCGCGUGGACGGCGACGCGCCCGACGCCCACCGGAAGGGCGCGGAACCGGCCGACGGCGACGCGCCUGACAUCUACCGGACGGGCGCGAAGCCGAGCCGGCUCGAGUUUGAGUUCGGCAAGGCGGCCGUGAUGCGUCGCGCUGGCGAAGAAAGCACUGAUCGCCCCCGGCGGGAGGGGGAGGACGCGAACCGGGGCGUGGAGGAGGGCAGCGCUUCCAGGGUUGUACCAUCGCCCUGCAGCGUGGCCUGGAGCCUGGGCUGUGCGCGCGAGCUCGAGGUGUUUGCAGAUGGCGUACGGCAGGGCGUCACGAAGAAGGCCCGCGGGACGGCGGCGGCGCGUGUCGCCAUCUGUCGACGCGACAUGAUGCAGGAGUUUGUUCAACUGUUGAAAGAUGUCGGUCCCGAACAGCUGCCGACCGAGAUGCGCCUGUCAGUUGAUGGAGUGGAACGCUUGUCUUACAAGCAGAUGAAGGGUCUGGCCAAGUGUUACGGAGAGCGAUGGCGACGGGUGAAGGAGGAUAUCUUCCCAAACUGGGUGGAGAAGCCUGUGCAUUUAACGGACUUUACCUUGGCUGACAGCUAA